AUGAAAAAAAGAAGGUUCUUGUCGGAGAUAGCUAUCUUACGUGGUUAUUGGGACGGUGUUCCUUGGUGUAUAGGUGGAGACUUUAAUGAAACUAGAGUUAUGCAAGAAAGAAAGGGUUGUCGUAGAAUUUCAAACUAUAUGAAACUUUUUGAUGACCUUUGUAAUGAUCUUGAGCUUGUGGAUUUGCCUCUUUCCGGAGCAAAUUAUACUUGGAGUAGACGACCAAAUAAGAAGAGUAGAAUUGACCGCUUUCUAUUCUCCUUAGAUUGGGAGGAGCACUUUCCAAAUCUCAAUUUAAAGCGACAUGCAAGACCUUUUUCAGAUCACUUUCCUAUUGAGUUGUGCUCUAUUGUAACGGAUUGGGGAGCUUGUCCUUUCUGGUUUCAAUUAGCUUGGCUUAAAGAUACUAACAUAAUUCCUUUGAUGAAAGAAUUGUGGGAAUCUUUCUUUUUUGUAGGUUCCACGAGUGCAUGUUUUUCAAAGAAGUUAAAUGCAUUGAAAGAGAAAUUGAAGGUGUGGUUGUGUUGA